CGAGUAAGAACGGCGUUGAGAUGGAGGAACGAUGCGAUUAUUUCCUACUAAUUUCCCUUUCCACCCUGCAUGUUUAUCGCCUUUAAUUCACAUUUUGAUUCCACUGUGCAUCAUCUGCACCAUCGCAUGUACCUCGUUCCGUGUUCCUGUUAAUUAUGUCGGCUAUUGAUUCGCAAUCUGUUUUUAUUUUCGGUUAAUUCUUCGGUUCACUAGCUAAUCCUGUCUCCCAGCCCUACACCUGAAACUAGCACGCCAUGGCAACUCUUCAAGUUUUUGGCGGCGGACCUGCGACAACGCGUCAAAAAGCUGUCGAAGAUGCGCGGAAAAUGGAAGAAGCUGUUCAAGAAGAAUGCGCCAAGUCAGGAAAACCCGCUCCCCAGUACCGCCUUACCGAAUUAAUCGGCAAGGGGAGCUUUGGUCGUGUGUACAAAGCAACCGACUUGAGGACUGCCAAUGUGGUAGCUGUUAAGAUCAUAGAUGUCGAUGAGAGUGAUACCGUGAAUCCGAAGAUCGCAGAUACUUACAGUGAGAUUCUCAAGGAGAUCAACGCGUUGCAUCGUCUAAGCCAGUCUGGCGCCCAGAAUAUCAAUCAUGUUAUUGAGGCCUUACCUGUCGGUAAAGCUAUGUGGAUGGUUACGGAAUACUGUGCUGGUGGUAGUGUAGCAACUCUGAUGAAACCUACUACUCCGGGGGGGUUACAGGAGAAAUGGAUAAUCCCUAUACUGCGUGAAGUAGCCGUAGCAAUUUACUGGGUUCAUAAGGAGGGCAUUAUACAUCGCGAUAUUAAGUGCGCUAAUGUCUUAGUUACCGAAACGGGAGCGGUCCAGCUUUGCGAUUUCGGUGUUGCUGGUAUGAUGGAGACCAAGUUGGACAAACGGUCUACUUUCAUCGGAACACCACACUGGAUGGCGCCAGAACUUUUUGACCCUAAUGCGCAGUACGGAACAGAAGUUGACAUAUGGGCUUUCGGGUCCAUGGUGUACGAAAUUGCCUCUGGAUUACCCCCGAAUGCGACGGCGAGAGUAGGUCUGCCCCAAUUAGGAGACUAUCUUAGAGAACAUAUACCGCAUCUAGAAGGGGAUCAAUAUUCGGACGAACUUAAAAGUUUAGUUUCCUUUUGCCUCGAGGAAAACCCAGCCAGACGACCAACUAUUGAACAGAUCCAACAACACCCAUACAUUUACAACACAAGCUCUAGAUAUCCCACAUCCUCUCUUGCAAACCUCGUCAAAGCCUUUAGGCUUUGGGAAGAACGUGGUGGCAUUAGGAAAUCCCUCUUCGCGGCUGGAGGAGCACAAGCACCCUCCGAUCUAGAUUCGACUUCGUUAUCAACCGAGGAAUGGAAUUUCUCUACUACGCUAGCCUUCGAUCAGCAGCUCCAUGAUAUGUCAGAUGGCAUGUCCGAAGUCCAAGCAGUCCGCGACGUUUAUGGCUCAGCUGUUGAUUUCCCCGCCACAUUUGGCGAAGACACGGCACGACCUAAGGCAUUAGGCAAAGGUAGACGGCGACCGCCACCACAAGCUUUAGCUGCGACCAAAGUAAAAGCUCCCCUAGAAAAAGUAUUCGAUCCCAACACGAUAUCAAACUACGAUGAAAAUUCUCGCAUGUACUACGGUCGCCUUGGGCCACCUCCAGUAUCAUCAGAACCACCGCCAAUGACAAACCAGGUUCCGGUAUCCGAUCUGCCGCUGCGUGACGACUCCCUCCACGCGACACUUCGCGAAUCUUUAAUUGACCUUGACGCUUCCCUCGGUGGUGGUGAACUUUCUAACUUUGUCGACAUGGGCACGAUAAGACCGGGUCCAGGACCAGGACAGAAUCCGCGAGCCUCAAUGGACAACAAUUGGUCUUUCUCAGCAGCUACUGCGAUAAACACACAGGAUAGGGCACCUCUAAGUGACCCUGCAGACAUGGGCAGUGGCCGGAAUCAUGCACCGGACUGGUCAUGGCCAACGAGUAUUCCCCCAGCCUCUGCCAAUCCGGAGACGUCACAUUUCACGUUUAACGAUGACCGAAACUUCGAUCUUGGUCCCGAUCGUCCCCGACUCCAGCACCACCCUACCGAGCCUAUGCUGCCAUCGCAAGGCUACGAUAUGCAAGGUUCAAGCGCACCAUCGCACGACCGCAUGUCCGUGGCCAGUUUGAUCGACCUCGAUAUGAGCAUGCCCGAACCCAACUUCCCGGAACUCACACGCCCCUCCACCGCAAACUCGGACAUAGCAUCCAUCACCGGCUCGGAAGUCGGCGCCCGAGAGCCCUUCGAGCUCGAACGCCACGCGUCCGUCUACGCCCCCGCCAGCUUCACUAGCCGCGAGCCGUCCAUCUACGUGUCCGACGGGUCCGAGUUCUCUACCCGCGUGGCCAGCAAGAUCGCCGAGGAAGACGAGGAGGUGCCUGAUACCAACGUCUUCAAUGCGACGGGGGGAUCCCAUCAACAUCAGGACCAACAUCAGCAGCAGUACCACCACCAGCACGAGCACCAGCACCAGAACAGCGAGUACACGGUAUCGUCGUCGGACACCUACGUGGACCGGGACGACGGGUACCACGGCCCGACGACGGCCGCGCACAUCCUGCGGACCACGGGCCCCGUGCACCUGCCGUCCAUCGCGCCGCCGUCGUCGAGCGUCGUCGAGGCCAGGGCCACGGCGGGCGACGUCGCCAACGAGAUGCGCCGCCUCGUCGCUAGCCUCCACGAGCACUUGUCCAUCAUCGGCGAGCAGGUCGGGAGCAUGGAGCCCAGGCGCGCGGCGGGCAGGAAUAAUUUCGACGGCGCCGAGUAGGAAGAAGCACUUGGUGGGUGAUUUGCUAUCUCGUAUAGAGAGAGAGGAAGAGAGAGAGAGAGAAAUGGGGAAAAGGAUGAGGAAGAGGGGAGAAUAAGGUUUUUCAAGAAUAGAAAAACAGGGAAAGGC